AUGGCAAGGAACCAUGCUAGGACGAUUCCACAAAUCGCUGGAAAAACUGAAUAUUUCAAGGGGUACGAGUCCACAACAAUCACCACUAUGGGGGCGGAGCCUAUGAGCAGAGAGCAGGCAAUAUCGAUCUCACUACACACUCUGCACAGCAUGUUGUUGUGUUGCUGUUGGCCAGUACAUAAAUGCGUUACGGUACUUUCCUGUUUCGACACGCUCAUUGUAGCGAUUUUCACCUACAAAUCCUUAAAUCUGCUCGCACACACUAUUGAUGAUCCGUGA